AUGUUAUUCUGCCCGACCUGCGCCAAUCUCCUUGUCAUAUCCUCGGAUACGGGGCUCAACAAGUGGUCAUGUAAUACCUGUCCAUAUGAAUUCCCUAUAACAAAGCAGAUGACUACCCGAACACGAAUGAAGCGGAAGGAGAUUGACGAUGUCUUCGGUGGUGACGAGCAAUGGAAGCACGCUCAGUCGACCAUGGCACAAUGCGAAGCUUGCAGUCACGAUCGUGCAUACUUCUACCAACUCCAGAUCCGCUCCGCAGACGAGCCAAUGACGACGUGGGCACUUAUCAUCUUCAGAUGUGCAUCGUGUGGCAAUCGCUGGAGGGAGGGUUGA